GUGUAUUGUUGGCUAUUGCGACUUAAGACUGGGUUUGUGCUCCAGGGUCACAUAAUAUGCCAAAAUUUGAUUUGAUGUUAUAACAAUAAUUCUGCGGCGUGUUAUCAAGCCUGGUGGCUGUAAUCGGAAGCGUCCCCGCUGACGUCACCGCGUACCGUGGAACUACAACUACCGGAGCGUCACGAGCGAGUCCGUGCUCACGCGCGCUUUAACGUUACCCCUCUUCUCAACCGGUGCAUGGCUGCUCUCCUAACUUAACCCCGUCAGCCGGCGAUGAGCGAACGCUAUCACUCGCGCACUUUUCUCCAGGAAAACCCCGUCGAACCGGCUGUUUCCCUGCGUAUCCGUUGCACUUCCGGGUUUCGAGCAAGCGUCUUUUCCUGAGGAUCAGCUGUGAAGAUUGAAUGAGCAAACGGAGAGGAGCGAGCGACUCCUGAAGGCUGUGCUCCCGGUAAUCGCAGCGCACGAUUAAAGACAGCGUGGCAGGAGGGUUCCCGGAUAAAGCUGCUGCCACUCAUCUCAUCUCUUAUGAAAAGCUGCUGUUAUAAUAAUGAAGAUAUGUCAAUGGUGACUCAUCCUGCCGCUCUGAUAUAAUACGCUUCCUUCGUAUGAGUUGUUUUGGAUCUCUGUAACACUUGGUUGAUAUUGUGAUGAAGGUCCGCUGAGCUCGGAGUCUCCAUCUGGACUGUGUUAUAUUGAGAGAUUCUCGCGCUUUUCUGUAUUUUGCGCAUCCCACCGGCUGGAGAGCGACGCGCACGCGAGAGCCGGACGGUUUUUCAUGAUUUAAUGAGUAUUAAAGUGUUGCCGGUUGGACAAUGAAGAAGUUCUUCGAUACCCGUCGGGAGCUGGUGAGCUCUGGACCCGCGUCUGGAGCCGCUGCGGGGGGCGGCGCGGGGUCCGGCGCGUUUAUCGGACGCGUUUUCUCCAUCGGACGAUAUCAGGUGACCGUGGAGGAGACUGUGGCGGAGGGUGGUUUUGCGAUCGUAUUUCUGGUGAGGACUCAUCAGGGUGUCCGUUGUGCGCUGAAGAGAAUGUAUGUCAACAAUGAAGAUGACCUUCAAGUAUGCAAGAGGGAAAUUCAGAUUAUGAGGGACCUCGUUGGUAACAAAAACAUCGUUGGUUUUAUGGACUCCAGCAUCACAGCAGUAGGUUCAGGAGAUGUUUGGGAAGUUCUCAUAUUGAUGGACUUCUGUCGAGGUGGGCAGGUUGUGAACCUCAUGAACCAGCGUUUGCAGACUGGAUUCAGUGAGCCAGAGGUGCUGCAGAUCUUCUGUGACACAUGUGAAGCUGUCGCUCGACUACAUCAGUGCAAAACUCCCAUCAUCCACCGGGACCUUAAAGUGGAGAACAUCUUGCUGCAUGACAGAGGACAUUAUGUGUUAUGUGAUUUUGGCAGUGCCAUUAACCGCUCCCAGAAUCCACAAACAGAAGGUGUGGCAACUGUAGAAGAAGAAAUCAAGAAGUACACUACUCUUUCAUACCGGGCCCCAGAAAUGGUGAAUCUAUAUGGGGACAAAGUUAUCACUACUAAAGCAGAUAUAUGGGCUUUGGGCUGCUUGUUGUACAAGUUGUGUUAUUUCACAUUGCCGUUUGGAGAGAGUCAGGUGGCCAUCUGUGACGGCAGCUUCACCAUCCCAGACAACUCCCGCUACUCGCACGACAUGCACUGUCUCAUCCGUUACAUUCUGGAGCCAGACCCUGACAUUAGGCCAGAUAUCUACCAAGUGUCAUAUUUCGCCUUUAAACUGGCACGGAAAGAAUGCCCAGUGCAGAAUACCCACAAUUCACCCAUUCCAGCAAAACUCCCAGAGCCAAUCAGAGCCAGUGAAGCCGUGGCCAAGAAGAGUCAAAACAAAGCCAGGCUCACUGAUCCAGUCCCUGCGACUGAGACAUCCAUAGCACCACGGCAGCGUCCCAAGGCUGGCCAAGCUCAACCAAUCGCAGGCAUCCUGCCCAUCCAACCAGCCCUCACCCCUCGUAAAAGAGCCAAUGCACCUGCAGGACCCGGCCAGCCAAUCAGUGUUAACAUUGCUUCCCAGCCUGUUUCCCAAUCACAGGUUCCUGUCGCUCAGCAACAAGCCACGCCCACUCCAAUGCAGGCCACUCCCUCUCCGCCCCAGACCACACCCCAACAUGCACAACUUUUUGUGCAGCAGCAAAACACAGCCUUCUUUACUGCUCAACAGCAGCAGCAGCACUCAACGCAGACCUCCGUCUUACCUGCACAAAUGAUUGCAUCAUCCUCCACCCCUGUUUCUACACAGUCUAAACCUAAGAACAGGGCACCCCCUCCACCCAUACACCACCCUCAAACCAACCACCUCACAACAUUAUCGGCAACCACACAGACAAAAGCCAAAGCAACGGCCCCAGCCCCGCCUACAGAGUCUUCACGUAGUAAUAGUAUCGAUGGUGAUAUCACUGUGACCGUGUCUGCCCAACCUAAAACCAAAGCUAUAGCACCUCCACCCCCCACAUCACACGCCUCCACCCUUCCUCCACCCAAAACCACCUCAGCACCAUCCGCUGACUCUGAAGUGGACCCAGAGCAGAGGUCUGUCAGCGGAAGUCGUGGGGUGCAUAAAGUCGGCUCCUUGACUCCACCCUCUUCUCCCAAGACCGCCCCAAAAGGAGGCCACAGACGAAUUCUGAGCGAUGUCACACACAGCACCAUAUUUGGAGUUCCUGUGAGCAAGUCCACUCAACUGCUUCAAGCUGCUGCUGCAGAGGCCAGCCUCAACAAGUCCAAGUCAGCUAGCACCACUCCCUCUGGUUCUCCAUGUUCAUCACAGCAGAGUGUUUAUCAGUCAGGGGAGGCUUCGGGACCCUCGGCUGGGGCCCCAGUGUCCUGGAACCCCUUUGGCGAUGACAAUUUCUCUAAACUCACAGCGGAAGAGCUUCUCAACAAGGAUUUUGCCAAACUGGAUGCUAAGACAGCCGAGAGAUCCUGCCCUGAAAAUCUGAUUUCUGGGUUGCAGUCUGUGUCUUCAAAUAAAGGCUUUCUCCAGGGAGGAGAGAAGUUGAUCGAGGGUUUGAAGUCUCCAGAGCCCUCUUCCUCCCUGAUUCUCCCUGACCUUCCCUUGAAUGACCCCUUCAGUCCUGCAGACUGUAGUCAUGCUGGGAUGGAUUCUCUGAUCCCUGGUCUGGAUCCUCUACAGACUGAUCCUGGGUCAGCUGCACUACCAGAGUCUUUGGUUGGACAGGAUUCUCUUUUGGAUGGGCUGCUUCUCUCCCACCCCUCCACUGGGGGUCUAAUACUGGCCUCAUCGCCCUCAUCUCUCCCUACACCAUCUAUGGACCAGUUUACUACUACUGCUUUGAGUAGUGGACAGUUCCACCAGGUCUCUGAUGCAGCUCACCAGGCUCUCUCAGGCUUCCAGUCCUCUGAGACUGGGGACCAAAGCUCCGAUAACCAGUUUGACCCAAUUCCAGUGCUUAUCUCCAAAAGCUCCAGCCAAGGUGGUCACUCGCGCAGCAACAGUGGCAGUUCUGAGACCAGUCUGCCCUCGCUGGCACGCUCCCUUCUGCUGGUGGACCAACUCAUCGACUUGUAGAGGAAACAGAGAGAGGCAGAUGAAUAGAGAGACAGGGAGAGGGCAGCGUGCAAUUCUUACAAAUAUAGCGAGAGCUUAAAAACCUCAAUCUGAAGUAGUCCCAUGAACCCUGUCCACCCUUGCGCACAUUUCCCUUUGACAUUCUUUUCACAUUUGCUGUAUGUCUCUCUUCUGCUGAUCCAUAAACAUUCUCAUCACUCUAUCAUUGAUUUAUGCUUCAUGCUUCAGGAUGUCAAAACAUGGCAACCAGUGAUUAUUUAUGUCAACUUCCGAAAUAUGCGGCUCAGCUAGGAGUGAUAUCAAGCCGAAAGUCAAAUUCAAUUGAUUACGGUUCUUUAAAGACGACAUGAAAUUCUUUAUCUUCGAUCAUGUGGCGUUUCAAAAUAAAACUGACUGUUCAAUGAGAAGUAAUGCAGGAAUGGAUUUGAUUUAAACCACUUCAGUUCAAAAGUUUGAGGUUGGUAAGAUAUUUGAAUGUUUUCGAAAGAAGUCUGAUGUUCACCAAGGCUACAUUCGUUUGAUAAAAAUAAAGUAAAAACAGCAGUAUUGUGAAAUAUUAUUAUGGUAAAGUAGAAUUUUCAGCAUAAUUUCUCCAGUCUUGAGGGUCAAAUGAUCCUGCAGAAAUGUUUUAAUAUGCUGGUUUGCUGCUCAAGAAACCGAUUUAUUGUAAUCGAUAUUGAAAACAGAAACUCCCCCGACGCAGUCAAAAUCAGCAUAUACCUUUUGUAUUCACGAGUCAGUUUUGAUCUAGUAGAAUUUAAGCUCAUAAAUCAUUUAUAAUUUAAUGUCUUUCAAAUAAACCUAUAUUGCAUUUGAUUAAUAACAUCUUAGCAACACGUGAAUGUGCAAAGAUGUAAACUUUUUUAAAAAAAAGUUAACGUGGUAUUACCAUGUUGUUACCACAUUUAUGUCAGAUUUGUUGUUUAAAGAAAUUCAAGCGAUUCAAAAAUGUAUCAAUAUUUGUGAGAUGUUAUUUGUUUAGGAUUACUUAGAUGAAUCGAAAGUUCAACAAACAAUUUGUUUGAAAUAUAAUUUUUUGUUACAUAAAUUUCUAUACUGUCACUUUUGAUAAAUUAAUUGCAUUGUAUUGAUCACUUAAAAAAGAAAAUAAAAAAAUCUUACUGACCCCAAACUUUUGAAUGAAACUGCAAACUUUUGUUAGGUGCAUUGUUGGUAUCAAACCACAGUACUCAAAAAGCUGAUAGCUUCCUUAAAAUGCCUGUGCCAAUAAAACAGAAAUGGAGCCUAGCUAGAAGUGUUAGCGUUCACAUACUUGUAUGUGUUGGUCCUUAAAAGUCGUAAAGUAAAAAUUUUCCCACCCACAUUAUUAGAUUUAGUUUAUCCUGCAAAGUAGACGUCACCACCAGUCAAACAUUUGAACACCCGUCGAGGUGUUUUCCUUUGCAGUUGUUAGAAUCUGUCACUGCUGUAUUCAUUAUUUUGUUCCUCUGUGAUGUUCUUUCAUCCCAUCAUUUAUUUUUUCAGUCAUUCUCUCUCUUCUGCUUUAUUCAUUUCUUCCUUAACUUGUUCAUUUAUACCCCAUGCUUCUUUUUUCUUUGCUCUUUGCUAUGCCUGACAAUUAUUGUGCUCUGUGCUACCCCCAUAGUAUACAUUUAAUAUUUAUAAUUUCAAUCCAGUUAUGCAAAGACACAUAAAGGGUAAAUGCACUAUGUAGAUGAAGCAAAAACAUCCAUCAUAUCGAGGGUAAAUUAGGCUGUGAUUGUACAGAUUCUCAGUUUGUACAUUCAUUCUCUACAAAUGUAUUAUCCUCGAGAUAAAUGUAAUAUGAUAAAGAAUAUUUAUCUGUAUGUUAGAGCACAAAGUUCUGUCAGUUGGAUUUUCUUGUGUCACGUUCUGCCUGUGUUUCUGCUCUGGGCCUGUCACGUGAAGGCUGUUUUGGAUAAACUUGAAUAUACAGAUAGCGACUAUCAGAGUUCUGCAGUUUUGAAAAGAUUCAGUGUUCAAUAACAUUUCUUCUAUCAAGCUUGAAAUGAUAAAUGUAAAUUUAAGGCAUUAUUUAUUUUUAGCCAUUACCUCCUCGAAUACGAACCUCUAUUUUGAAUCUUAACCUCUUAAGAUUUCAAUUUAAAAUAGAUGUGUGUUUGUAAGUUUUCUAAAUUAACUGUGUUUAGACUGAGCCUAUGACGGACUGCUCUUCCUGAGGUCUCGUCUACUAUGUGACGUUUACCAAAAAUAAGAGAUUCAAAUAAAACAAUGAAUCAUUCUUGAGUUACUGCCGGAAAAUAACUAGUUGUCGACCAAACUGUGUUAUUCAACAGGCAAUACAGAUUUUUGGGAAAGUUGUGUUUUGCUGGCUUGGAAAAGUCAUGGAUAUUGCAGCAAUGAAUAUCAUUUCUUCUAGUUAUGUCUAACUUCAUCUAUUUUGAGUAAUGCGAUUCUGAUUUGUAAGUGACUUGUUCAAUUGAAUCAGUUGUUUUGUGUUCAAACUGGUUCACAACUGGAGUGUGUUUCCCAAAAGCAUCGUUAGCCAACUAUGGCUGCUAGUUAACGGUUUCCUGAAACGUACUGUAGUUCCAAAAAAUAUUCUUUGCAUUGUAAAUUUUUGUAGUUGCAACUACAGCUCUUGACCUAUGGGUAGAAGCAUGAAUGAAUAAAUCAUCAAAUAAAGCAAAACAGGAAACAAUAAUAGUCAUCAGGUGCCACGUUCGUUAUGGCGGUAUUUCUGAGAAAAUUACGAAGUGGAGAAAACUGCUGACCGAGUAGCAGCAUGUAUUAGAAUAAAGCGUGCACCAAUUAGAUACUGCAUGUAAAUGUGAUUAAAAAAAUUAAUGGCUUUCUGUUGUUUUGUGUAAAUUAACUAUAAUAAAACGACACUAAUUGAAUCAAUUAAUUAGCAUAAGUUAUUACUGUGCAUGACGUCAUUAACGACAGUCCUAUACUGUAUGGUUCAAACGACAGAGGUGCGAACAUGUUACUACUGUUUUAGGAAACAGUUGCAACUAGCUAGUUAAUUUCUCCAACGAUGUAUCGUACUGUGGUAGUAAAUCCGCAAAUUCUGAUGUUUUGUGGGAAACGCACCCCUGAGAUAAUUUGCUCUCAUCAAUCAAUUUUUACUAGUGCUGUCAAACAAUUAAUCGCGAUUAAUCGCAUCCAAAAUAAAAGUUACAUGUGUGUGUACUGUGUAUAUUUAUUAUGUGUGUAUAUAUAAAUACAAACACAUGUAUGUAUAUAUUUAAGAAACAUUUAAUGUUUAUAUAUAAUAUUAUUAUUAUAAAAUAUAAUAAUAUAAAUAUAGUAAUGUGUGUAUAUAGAUGUAAAUAUUUUCAAAAUAUAUACUGUAUUUGUGUAUAUUUAUAUAUACAUAAUAUAUGUAUGUGUACUGUGUUUAUUUAUUAUGUAAACAAAAACUUUUAUUUUGGAUGCGAUUAAUCGCGAUUAAUCGUUUGACAGCACUAAUUUUUUAGUAAUCACAAAUGAUUUGAUAUUAAUACCUAUAAUCCUAUAAUACAAUCUAAUGACAAAAUUAAACAUAAAAUAUUGUAAAUUCCUGAAAUUAAACCUAUUUUACUCCACAUGCACUCAAAAAUAAAAAGCUGACAACAGCAAUAGCUUAUUAUCCUUCAAAUUAACUUUUUUGUUAAUCGGCUGAGCGGGUAUAGUUAUCGGCUUAUGUCGAAUAUUUCAAAAUGGUGAAAUAUUGCCUUUAUAUAUCAGUCUAUCACUAUUCUAAAGCUGAUGUUACAUUGCUGUGUAGACAGCAGGUGUCCGACAUGUCGACUCUUGACGAAUCUCUGCAAAGACACAUUUAUCAUCACAUAUCAAAUAUAAAACCAUAUAGAGCUCGAUAUAAGAAAAUAUGUCUUUCUGUACUAUAUGUACUGUAUGAUGUUUGGAUUUUCAUAAUUAGAUGUGUGGAAGCUGUAAUAAAACAGAAUCAUUUCUUUUGCGAUGUAACUGCUUAUAGAGUAUACAUUAAUGUUUUUUAUUAAAUGCUAAGAGCAUUGUUUUAUUUUGAGUCAUUGUUUUGUUUGAAGCUUGUGCAAAUGUUGCAUCGGUAGAACAUUGUUCUGUAAUAUUACUACCCUAUCUCAUGAGAAAAUAUAACUAUUUUACGAGCUGCCGAUUUUGUAUGAAUUUGUACCUGUCGUAAACAUGCAAUUUUUCGAAAAAAUCAUGUGCGUGAGGGUCCACCCAAAAUCUAACCAUCAGUGGGACAUAAGCAAAUUGUUAGAAAAUGUACAAAUGAGAUUGUACAAAUUCAUACAAAUUAGCCACCAUUUCAUAGUUAUGAAUUGUCAUGAGAUUGAAAGUUUUUGUGUUAUCGAAUCCUUAAUUUCUUUUUUUCUAUUUCCUCUUCCUCCCUUUGCUUGUUUUAAUGUGGCUGACCUAUGCAAUCUGACUGUAGUGCUCGUGUUACUCUUAGAUAUGCACUUAGCGCUGUGGCUAAGUAGUCUGACGUCUGUCUUGUGUUGUAGUGUGUAUUAGAGCCCAUGUCAGGAGAAAAUUAUGACGACAACAACAACAACAACGAAAAAAGUCUUAUCUAUACUGGAAUGCCAUGGUUGUAUCCAAUUUUCCGUAUGUUAUCGAGCGCCGAAUUCUGUGUUUUUAUGCGACAAUGAAAAUUCUGAAAAGAAGGAUAUUAAAUAAAAGUGUAGAUGGGAACAGAUA